AUGGAAACAUGCUGUGGUUGCUUUUAGACAACCAACCUCGCCAAAAGGAAAAAAGAUAAAAACAAGAGUGACAUCAAACCUCUUAAGUAUAACAGUGGAGCAUCUGAAAGCACCUAUAACCCAAUGAGCACCGCUUAAAUAUAUCAUAAAAGAUCAGUGACAAUUGGAGGAAAUGUUUGGAAAAGCUAGUUCGAUAACAAGGAUCUAUGUAUCAAAUAUCUUUCUUCAUUAAAAAUUUUAGUUCGCGACCUAAUUUCUCAUGGAAAUAUGAGUCAUACCCACAGAAAUCUAGGGCAUUCAAUGAGUUAAGUUAGCCAUGAUGCCUCUGAAAUCGGUCAUUAAUCAUCUAUGCAUUAGUCAAUGUCAAUCACGUUGAUAGCUGGUUAUAUUAGUGGAGAAGAUGAGUAAAUCAUUGAAGAAGAUAAUGAAGAUGAUGAAUUCGACAAGAAAUAGGAUCUAAAUUUCAAAGUGGAUUGUAUCGAGACUAAUAAGAGCUCGCUUCUCGAUUUCAAAAAUCAAAGAAUUAGUAGGAAUCUCUCAUAGAUAAGAAGUUAAGCCAGAGUAACUACAGAUCAUACAUUUCAUGAUAUGAGUGUUUGUAAUAAUAUAAGCAGAGAUGCUAGUCCAUUGCCUCAUUUUAUGGAUCCUAUGGGACAGAAUCUAAAUACUGAAAACUCGGUAAAAUUGCUGAUACCUAACCUAUUUUAGAUUAAAAAGCAUCCUGCAUUCUUGUCUCAGUCUUAAGAGAGAAAUCCCUCUCCCUCUCACUAAAAUGAAUCUCACUUUAUUUCUCACAUUAAAUCUCUGUCAAUGAUUAAUUACAGAAGUGUCAAGCCAAUCUAAGCCUAACCAACUGUAACUGUGACCAUAGUCAAAGAUAAUGAAGGAUAUUUCUAGUUUGAAAGCGAGGAUACUUAAACUACAAUACCAACUAAUUCAACGAUCAAAGGAUUCAGCAAGAGCAAUAGUCAAAUUGCAGGUAUCAGCACUUAAACAACGAAGAAAUUAGACAGUAGAGUGUUGAGCAAACCAGAUGAAGAUUCUUGUAGAAGUUUCAAUGCAGAUCUAAUGAGGUCACUCAUAGCCAGAAAAAUGCAAAAGAACAAAACUUUCUUUGAGGCUAAAGUCUAGCCACAAACAGUCAGCUAUAAUAUAACUCCAGUUUCCCAAGGGCUUUAAAUUAACUCAAAUAUGAAUGUACACUAUUAAUAACAAUAUUCUCCAUAGAAUAGGAUAUAAGGCACUCCAAAGUAAAGAUUCACUCCUCCCUAUAGAGGAUCGCAAUAGAUUGGCAAUCAAACUCAGAGAUAUGUGAAUCUAAACGCAUAACAGUGA